AUAACCCGAUCCGCAAAUUUGAUGUUGUUUUUCUAAAAAAAUGGACCCAAAAUCAAACCCGGUUGGUGCAAUGUUUUACUCCCCACUCCAUCACACUGCCUCUCCGACGCCAUUACCGCCACCGCCAACGCCGCCACAACGAGUAACAUUUUCGCCAUCCUGACCAUUCUUCACAAUUUCUACCGCUGAAUUUUCCCAUGCAAUCGAAUGCUCCUCUUUCUGUCCACUCUUCGCCGCCAUUACCCAAACCUUCUUUCUUCUCUUCACCACCUCUCCACCAAAUCAACAACCAUUCCUUCUCUUUCAAACCCUAAUUCUUCUUUCAAACCCCAUCUUCUAGAACUUUCUACCGUCAUCCCCGAAAUCACCCGCCAAUUUUGGACCCUUCCAAUUUUGAAACCGCAACACGUGCUUGAAAUAUUGCUUAAUUAUCAAUCCGAGUGUGUCCACGUUGGUGUUCAUGUAAAAAAGGUUCAAUCUUUAUACGAAAUUUUCAAAUGGGGUGUUGAGAAUGAAAACACCCAUUUUUUGCAAUCUUAUGAGGUUAUGUCACUGCUUCUUGUUCAUGUUGGGUUGUUUACAGAAGCUGAGAAUUUGAUCGAGGGUCGAGGAGUUUCGUGUGAGAUUUUGAAUAAACUAAUUAAAGGGUAUGUUAGUGUGAAGGAAUUGGAAAAAGCUGUUUUAGUGUAUGAUGGCAUGAAGGAAAAAGGAAUAGUUCCUUCGAGGUUGUGUUAUCGGGUUUUGCUCGAUUAUUUGGUGAAGAUGAAGAGAACAAAUAUUGCGUUUCCCGUGGCGUUUGAUUUGGUUGAUUUGGGGGGGAAUUUGAGUGGUGAUGAGAUGAAUAUAUUGGAGGAUGUUAUGGUGUUGCUUUGCGUCGAUAGGAAGAUUCAUGAAGCUAGAAGCUUGAUUAGGAAGGUGUUGCAUUUGAAAAACUUUGAGGUUAGUAGCUUUGUUUUUGAUGAAAUUGCAUUCGGAUAUUGUGAGAAGAAGGACUUUAAAGAUUUGAUUAGUUUCUUUGCUGAAGUAAAUUGUGCUCCUAGUGUAAUAGCUGGUAAUAGAGUUAUGAAUUCUAUGUGCAUAAGUUAUGGUGUAGAAAGGGCAUUAUUGUUUUUGAAGGAACUAGAAAGUGUAGGUUUUAGUCCUGAUGAAGUAACCUAUGGUAUAUUAAUUGGUUGGAGUUGCCAUGAAGGGAAGAUGAAAAAUGCAUUGAGAUAUUUAUUUGUUAUGCUAUCAAAACGCUUUGUUCCACAUUUAUGUACUUAUAAUGCUCUUAUAAGUGGUUUGUUUAAAGUAGGUAUGUUAGAGCAUGCUAGAGAAAUUCUUGAUGAAAUGAUUGAUAGGGGAAUGGCGCCUGAUAUUUCGACUUUUAGGGUUCUUAUAGCAGGGUAUUGUAAGUCUAGACGGUUUGAUAAAGUGAAAAGUUUGAUUCGUGAGAUGGAGAGCCGUGGUUUGGUUAAGCUUUCUUCAACAGAGAAUCCAAUUUCCAAGGCAUUUCAGAUUUUGGGCUUGGACCCUUUGCGCGUGAGGUUGAAACGAGACAACGAGAAGAAACUUUUCAAAGCAGAGUUCUUUGACGAAAUGGGAAAUGGACUUUAUUUGGAUACAGAUGUUGACGAGUUUGACACUCACGUUGCUUCGGUUCUUGAAGAAUCCUUGUUACCAAACUUCAAUGUAUCUGUCAAGAAGGAAUGCAGCAUUAACAACCUAAAAAAUGCACUGAUUUUGGUUGAUGAAAUGCUUUGUUGGGGCCAAGAAUUACUGCUACCCGAAUUCUCAAAGUUAGUGAGCCAACUUUGUUCAUCUCGAUCACAAAUCACACCAUUGAUCAAACUUUUGGAGAAAGUGCCACGGUCUUCCUGUGAACUCGACCACGAAACCCUCAAUUUGGUUGUACAGGCAUACAGCAAGAAGGGAUUACUGUGCCGAGCAAAAACUCUUCUAGAUGAAAUGCUUCAAAAGAAACUUCACAUCGACAAUGAGACAUAUACCUCCUUAUUCAUACCUUUAUGUAAGAAAGGAAACAUGAAGGACUUCAGUUAUUACUGGAACAUUGCUUGUAGAAAUAAAUGGUCACCAAAGUUGGAGGAAUUUAAAAAUCUCCUUGGUCAUAUCUGCCAACAGAAAAUGGUUCAAGAAGCAUUACAGUUUCUUGAAAUCAUGCUUUCAUCAUACCCUCACCUAAGGUUAGAUAUAUAUCACGUAUUUAUAGAAGUACUUUCUGCUAACGGUCUUACAGGCACCGCACUUGUAGUUUUCAAACAACUACAGCAUUGUUUAUUCUUGGAUCAUUCUGAUUAUAAUAAUCUUAUUCAAGGUUUAUCUAAUGAGGGUAAAUUUUCACUAGCUUUUACAAUAUUGGAUGAUAUGCUAGAUAGAAAUAUGGCACCUUGUUUGGAUGUUUCAGUCUUGUUAAUCCCUCGAUUGUGCAAGGCUCAUAGAUACAGCAAAGCUAUUGAAUUAAAAGAUAUCAUUCUGAAAGAACAUCCUUCAUUUUCUCACGCUGCUCAUUGUGCGUUGAUAUGCGGAUUUUGUAAUAUAGAGAACGUUGCGAAAGCAGACUCUCUGUUUCGAGAUAUGUUAUCUACAGGAUUAAGUUUAGAUGAUAAGCUUUGUAACAUGCUCAUUGAGGGAUACUGCCAAGCUAAUGGCAUGAAAAAAGUGGGGGAGCUACUUGGUGUUGCAAUAAGAAAAAGUUUUGACCUAUCCCUCUCAAGUUACAGGAAUUUGGUCCGAUUGAUGUGUAUGAAGGGUAGAAUACCAUUUGCACUAAGCUUAAAGAACUUUAUGCUUGCACAAUGUUCACUUGAUGACCUUAUCAUAUAUAACAUUCUUAUUUUCUAUCUCUUGUCAACUGGAAACCGUUUGGAUGUUAAUAAGAUACUAACCGAAAUCAAAGAGAAAAAAGUUGUACUCGAUGAAGUUGGUCAUAAUUAUCUUGUCUAUGGUUUCUUGCAAUGUAAAGAUUUAUCCAGUUCUUUCCAUUAUCUGACUACCAUGAUUUCGAAGGGACUCAAACCGAGUAACCGCAGCUUAAGGAUGGUAAUUAGCAGUCUGUGUGAUGUCGGGGAGCUGCAGAAAGCCCUGGAAUUGAGUCGAGAAAUGGGAUUAAGAGGAUGGAUACAUGAUUCCAUCGUCCAAACAACCAUUGUUGAAAACCUUCUUUCCUGUGGUUUGGUAAAAGAAGCGGAAAGUUUUUUGGACAGGAUGGAAGACGAAUCUCUAACUCCCGAGAAUAUCGAUUACGAUUGCCUGAUUAAGCGUUUUUGUCAAUACAGAAGAUUGAAUAAGGCAGUUCAUCUUAUGAACAUAAUGCUAAAGAAAUCCAACGUUCCAAUUUCCACCAGCUAUGAUUUCCUCAUUCGUGGAUUCUGUGCACGAAACGAAUUGGACAUAGCUUCGAAUUUUUAUUCUGAGAUGCUAAACUGGAAUCUCAAACCGAGAAUCGACACAUUGGAGAUUCUUGUCUUUAGCUUCUGCCAAUCUGGAAGAACAGAACAAGCAGAACAAUUCUUAGAGGACAUGAUUCAUGGAGGUGAAACUCCAACCAGAAAAAUGUAUUGCACUGUAAUUAAAAGUUAUCACAUGGAAAAGAAGAAUUUAAGGAAGGCAUCAGAGCUCAUGCAAGCCAUGCAGGAAAAGGGCUACCAGCCUGACUUUGAGAUACAUUGGUCUCACAUAAGCAACUUAAGCAAUGCCAAAGAAAAGGUUACUGAUAAUAAUGGCAGCAACAAAGGAUUUUUAUCAAGGCUUCUUUCAAAAACUGGCUUUCUUCAAAAGAGAUGAUUCAAAGAGUUAGCUGGAUUGACUCUUCUGAAGAAGGGGUGUUUUUUGUUGGUUGAUUGUAUUUUGUAAGUACACUCACUGAUGAUCUUUAAUUUUGUUACAAACAUCGCGAUACUGUUUUCCGCAAGAAAAUAGUAAUAUAUGUGUAUUGGAAGAAAAAAUAAGGAAGCUUGAGUAGUUAUCCUUGAGAGAUGCUUUCAAGUUCAAGAGAAGUUGUGGAAUUAGAAUCUCAACAGUUGAAUUUACUAUGGCAACACCCUUUGAACAAUUUUGGAUAUUGUUCAAAUGGUAUAGACUAGAAUUUUGCACUGCAGAUUUGAUUUCCAUAUGAAAGACAGAAUGAAAUGUCCCUUCGAUCAUCAAAAGUGUAAACAAAAGUAGUUUGAUCUUUGAAAAACUACUUAAAUGUUAAUUUCUCCCGGUUUGUGUUUAGAUUAGAGAAUGUAAUUUUUUCAAUAUAAUUCAAAUUCUUCAAUAUAAA